GAAAGCAAACAAUUUUUCAAUAAUUAAUUCAGUAUAAAAGAUGACUUUCUGGAAGAGAGCACAAACCAGUAAAGGAUCACUCUAAGCAGGCCUGGGAGUUCUCCAUCACAAUCCGCCAUGUCUGGGUUUCUGCUUUCUCACCACUUUUCUUGGAGUUCCGCAGAAGGCGAUCCUCUCAUCAUCAACCCGGUCUUUCUUCGGGUCGUCUCUGCUUCACUCCACGUCGUUUUGUCGCUCUAUCUUCUUAUACAUUGUUGGUCAGUGAAGAAGGCGAAAAACAAUCGUGUUGAGAAUGUAGAGAAACAACAGGUGGAUGAUCACGACAUGGGCGGCCGUGUUCCUAAACCAAAUUUCCGGUACCUGAAAACAGCACUUCUAUCUUGUUUGAGUCUCUCGCUUCUGAACUUUGUUCUCUGUUUUGUAUCUCAGUUUUAUUGGUAUAGAAACGGUUGGUCUGAUGAAAAGAUUCUAACCCUUUUCGAUUUCUCAAUAAAAACCAUUACUUGGUUGGCAAUCUUCUCUGUAUUGCUCACUCAAUUGAGUUCAGGUGCAAUGAUUGAGUACCCAAUUGUUUUAAGAGUCUGGUGGGGCUUUUUCUUGUCCCUGUCUUGCUAUUGCCUAGCCAUAGACAUUGUUUAUUACAAAAAGAACAGAAACUUACCUACCCAAUUUUGGAUUUCUGACGUAGUUUCUUCUGUGUUCGGCUUAUUCCUCUGUUUGGUUUGCAUUUUGGGUGGAAAGGAGGGUGGGAACGAGCUUCUUAGGCAGCCCCUAUUAAAUGGUGGGGGCAGAAAUGUUUCACAAAUGAAAGAACUAAGUUCUGGGGAUGAAACUGUGACUCCCUUUGCCAAGGCCAACUUUUAUAGUAAACUGACAUUUUCUUGGAUGGGUCCUCUAAUUUCUGUUGGCAAAAAGAAAACAUUAGACCUUGAGGAUGUUCCUCAGCUUUCUGGUUUGGAUAGUGUCAGAGGGGCUUAUCCAAUCUUCCAAGAUAAUGUAGCAGAAACCACUGGUGAAGGGCGUGGCAGUAACAAAUUAACUACAUCCAUGCUUGUGAAAGCUUUAGUUCUCACAGCAUGGAAGGACAUUCUAUUAUCUGCCUGCUAUGCGGCCUGUUAUACACUUGCUUCAUAUGUUGGACCUUACCUCAUCGAUACCUUUGUUAAAUUUCUGAAUGGAAGUCUAGAAUCUAGGGGACAAAAUGAAGGCUACCUAUUAGUUUCUGUGUUCUUUGUAGCAAAGAUUGUUGAGUGCUUGUCGAUGAGGCAUUGGUUUUUCAAGGUGCAGCAGGCUGGGUACAGGGCUCGGGCUACACUGGUUGCCAAAAUCUACGAUAAGGGCUUGACUCUUUCAUGCUCUUCAAAGCAGACUCACACUAGUGGAGAGAUAAUCAAUUUUAUGACUGUAGAUGCUGAGAGGAUUGGUGACUUUGGUUGGUACAUGCAUGACCCUUGGAUGGUACUGCUACAGGUUGGUCUUGCACUUGCCGUCAUCUACAAGAAUCUGGGACUGGCUUCAGUCGCGGCUUUAAUUUCUACAGUUAUAGUAAUGUUGGCAAACAUUCCUCUAGGGAAAUUGGAAGAGAAUUUCCAGGAUAAACUUAUGAAAUCAAAAGAUGCUAGGAUGAAGGCAAUGUCUGAAGUCUUAAGGAACAUGCGAAUCCUCAAACUUCAAGCAUGGGAGAUGAAAUUUUAUUCCAAAAUCAUUCAACUCAGAAAUAUUGAGGCAGGAUGGCUUAAAAAAUUUGUUUACACUUCAUCUAUGUCUUCUUUUGUGUUUUGGAUGGCUCCAACAUUUGUGUCUGUGGCUACCUUUGUCACUGCAAUGCUUAUGGGGAUUCCACUUGAAUCAGGGAAGAUACUCUCUGCACUUGCCACAUUUAGGAUACUCCAGGAGGCAAUCUACAACCUUCCAGAUACAAUUUCAAAUAUGGUUCAGACUAAAGUUUCCCUCGAUCGAAUAGCAUUGUUUCUUUCCCUUGAUGACCUCAAACCAAAUGCCAUAGAGAAGCUUCCAAGAGGCAGUUCUGAUGUAUCGAUUGAGAUUGUUGAAGGAAAUUUCAGUUGGAUUGAACCCCCCACUCCAACACCACUUCUUAAGGACAUUAAUCUUAGAGUUCAUAAUGGCAUGAGAGUUGCCAUUUGUGGUACCGUCGGGUCAGGAAAGUCAAGUUUGCUAACUUGCAUUUUGGGAGAAAUGCCCAGAAUAUCAGGAAGUGUUAAGAUCUGUGGGACAAAGGCAUAUAUUUCUCAGUCACCGUGGAUACAGGGUGGGAAAAUUGAAGAAAAUAUAUUGUUUGGUAAAGAGAUGGACAGAGAGAAGUAUGAAAGAGUUAUUGAAGCAUGUUGCUUAAAGAAAGAUUUGGAAGUCCUUGCGUUUGGUGAUCAAACAAUCAUAGGUGAGAGGGGUAUCAACUUGAGCGGCGGGCAGAAGCAAAGAGUGCAGAUUGCACGUGCUUUGUACCAAGAUGCUGACAUUUAUCUUUUUGAUGAUCCAUUCAGUGCAGUAGAUGCUCAUACUGGAACACAUCUGUUUAAUGAGUGCAUUUUGGGGCUUCUGGAGUCGAAGACAGUAGUAUAUGUUACUCAUCAAAUAGAGUUCUUGCCCGCUGCAGAUCUGAUCUUGGUCAUGAAAGAUGGAAGGGUUUCACAGUCCGGGAAGUACAAUGAUAUUCUCAAUUUGGGCAGUGACUUUAUGGAACUAGUGGGUGCUCACAAAGAAGCUUUAUCUGCAAUAGAUGUCUUUGGGGGAAGACAGGGAGUCAUGGGUGAAGUAAACAGUAGCUUGACUAGUAAUAAGAGUACUACUAUUCAGAAUGAAGAAGAAGGUGACAGUGGGCAAAGUGGUAAGCCUAACAAUGCUUUGGAACCAAAAGCCCAACUUGUCCAAGAGGAAGAAAGAGACAAAGGUAGUGUUAGUUUGUCAGUUUAUUGGAGAUAUAUCAGAACUGCAUACGGAGGUGCCCUUGUGCCCUUCAUAUUGGUGGCACAUAUACUCUUUCAGGCGCUUCAAGUUGGAAGCAACUAUUGGAUGACUUGGGCAACUCCUGUGUCAGAAUUUGAGAAACCUCCAGUUGGAAGUCGUACACUCAUCAUUGUGUAUGUUUGUUUAGCAAUUGGAAGUUCUUUUUGCAUCCUUGGGAGAUCCGUGUUGCUUGCAACCGCUGGGUACAAGACGGCAACACAACUAUUUAAUAAAAUGCAUUUGUGCAUAUUCCGUGCACCAAUGUCUUUCUUUGAUGCAACACCCUGUGGGCGUAUUCUUAAUAGAGCUUCUACAGACCAAAGUGCAGUUGAUCUGGACAUCCCAUUUCAAGUUGGAACAUUUGCUUUCACCAUGAUUCAGCUAGCCAGUAUCAUUGCAGUAAUGUCUCAAGUUGCAUGGCAGGUUUUUGUUGUUUUUAUUCCGGUGAUUGCAAUGUGCAUCUAUUUAGAGCAAUAUUACAUACCUUCAGCACGGGAAUUGGCACGGUUAGUUGGAGUUUGUAAGGCACCAAUAAUACAGCACUUUGCUGAAACCAUAUCAGGAUCAACUACAAUUAGAGGUUUUGAGCAAGAAGCCAGAUUUCGUGAUUUGAGUAUGAAACUGAUAGAUGCAUAUAAUCGGCCAAAGUUUCACACUGCUGGUGCUAUGGAGUGGCUUUGCUUUCGGUUGGAUAUGCUGUCAUUGGUCACUUUUGCCUUUUCUUUGGUCUUCUUGAUCUCUGUUCCAGUUGGAACAAUCAAUGCUAGUGUUGCUGGCUUAGCUGUGACAUAUGGGCUUAAUCUCAACAUGUUGCAAGCUUGGGUUAUAUGGAACCUUUGCAGUAUGGAGAAUAAAAUUAUUUCAGUCGAAAGAAUACUUCAAUACAACACAAUCCCUAGUGAGCCUCCUCUUAUUGUGGAAUCCAACAGACCAGACCCUGAUUGGCCCUCAACUGGAGAGGUUGAUAUCAGAAAUCUUCAGGUUCGGUAUGCUCCACACAUGCCUCUUGUGUUACGAGGCAUCACAUGCACUUUGUUUGGAGGAAAGAAGACUGGUGUAGUUGGGAGGACAGGGAGUGGUAAAUCAACUCUUAUACAGACUAUCUUCCGUAUUGUUGAACCGGCGUAUGGAGAAAUAGCUAUAGAUGGUGUUGAUUUAUCCACAAUUGGAUUGCACGAUUUGCGAUCUAGGUUGAGCAUUAUUCCACAGGAUCCGACCAUGUUCGAGGGCACUGUUCGUAGCAAUCUUGAUCCACUUGAAGAGUACUCUGAUGAACAAAUUUGGGAGGCUCUUGAUAAGUGUCAACUUGGAGAUGAAGUAAGAAAAAAGGAAGGAAAACUCGAUUCUGCAGUUACUGAGAAUGGUGAGAAUUGGAGCAUGGGUCAAAGGCAGCUCGUUUGUCUUGGCCGUGUGCUACUCAAGAAAAGCAGCAAGAUUUUGGUACUUGAUGAGGCCACUGCAUCAGUCGACACUGCAACAGAUAAUCUGAUACAACGAACUCUCAAUGAACACUUCUCACACUCCACUGUCAUAACUAUUGCGCAUAGGAUAACAUCUGUGCUGGACAGCAACAUGGUCCUGCUAUUAGAACAUGGUCUAAUUGGGGAGUAUGACACGCCAGAAAAUUUGCUUGAAAACAGAUCAUCAUUGUUUGCCAAGCUUGUUGCAGAAUAUAGCACACGAUCAAGUUGCAGUUUUGAGAAAUUGUCCUAGGACUUUAUGCGUGAUGGGGUUUUGUUAAGUCUUGGUGUUACUGGAGAAUGAAGAAAUUAGUUUGUUAACCGGGAUGUGGAGUUGCAGCAAAGAUGAAUCAGUUUACAACUAUUGAGUUCAUGUCAGCGCUGAGUAAAUUUACUUUGCCUUGUUCUUUAGUGUGUGUAUAAACGUAUAGCACUCCCCCAAUUCAUUCAUCUACACUGUUUAGCACACAGUUGUAGAACCUCAUCCAUUUCAGAUCUUCCCAAUAAAAGUUGAUAAUUGCAAGUGGCAUCCACUUGCUUUACAACCUUUGAGGUCUAAGUUCUAAGAGUUAACAUUUCAAUGUAUAAUAAUACUUCAGCUUUUGAAUGCAAUGCAAUUUUUAAGCUCCUAAGCUUUGU